UUCUGUUGGGCAUUUCUGCUGAGAGGCGGGAGGCGCUGAGAGUGUGCUGAGGUCGGUGGACUGACUGCAUUGCUUGUCGUUGCGCUUCGGAGGCGGAUGUGACUGAAGCCUGUGACCUUAACCGAAAGUGGUUCCCAGGCUACGAGCUGCCGCCAAGGGGUGGCCUAGAGAUGAUGGAAGACUACGAGCCAGAGAGGUGGCCCACCCUCAGGGAGCGCUUGUGCUCAGAUGGCUUUUCAUUUCCCCAAUACCACAUCAAAUCGUCUCAUCUGAGAAGGAUCCACAGAGCUACCGUCAGUGGUAGGCUGGAGAAACUGGACUACCUUCUGUUCACGAGAAGUGACAUCAAUGAGAGAGACAAGAAGGAAAGGACUGCCCUACAUUUGGCCUGUGCCACUGGCCAACUGGACAUGGUAUCUCUCCUGGUGUCCAGAAAUUGUGAGCUUAACCUCUACGACCGUGAAUGCAGGACACCUCUGAUCAAGGCUGUGCAACUGAGGCAGGAGGCUUGUGCAACUAUUCUGCUGAAAAAUGGUGCCAAUCCAAAUAUUAUGGAUUUCUAUGGAAGGACUGCUGUACACUAUGCUGUGUAUAAUGAAGAUACAUCCAUGAUAGAAAAACUUCUUUUUUAUGGUACAGAUAUUGAAGAAUGCAGCAAGGUAUAGAUCAACCAAUGUUAUUUUCAAACUAUCUGAAAUGCAUUUUAUUUUAACAAUGACACAUGUAAGGGUCAAUUUUUCAUAUUUGGAAGCUCAAACCUUCCUUGAAUGAAAAUAUUUUGAAAUGCC